UGAUUUGGUCAGUGGGAAAAUUUUGCUUUCAUUUCAGUCGUGUACUUGGUAGUGUAGUUAAUUGCGUCAGUGACAACCCCAGUGUGCGUGUGGCGCUUAAACCUGCCUUGCGUGAUGUGCAGAACGUGUGCACACUAACAAAAGUAGGCACCGUCCUUAAAACUGAAAAUUAGUUUUUCCCUCGCUUUUGUUUCACUUAUUGAAAAAUCUGGUUGGAACACACCACCCUAAAGAUGGUAUGGUAUUUUGGGGAAGAGGGGAUAUGUAUUAGCCUGGGAUGUUUUUCUCAAAAGUGCCCCGGCAUUUAUUCACUGAUUCAGAAGGACUCCAAGAAAACCUUACAGAGGGAGAGGGGUAGGGGAGUGGGGUGGUGUGGGAAAAAAUGCUUUGGAAGGGUUUAGUUUUUGAGUUGGUUGAGAAGUCACAUUUCACUGGUUGUCAAUUGAGCCCUUAUUCUUGUGUUAUGUCACACCAUUCCUCUUUCUAGAAAUUAGGUGUGUGUUUUGUCCUUUCACCAUUCACUGAAAAAGUGGCACCUCUAGAAAAUGCUUACCUUGUCAUUGAGUUUUAAUUUAUGACAUUUUUCAAAGAUUUAUGGCUACUUUACAGAUUCUUUUUUAGUCAACAUGUAUUAAACUUUCCCAGAACUCAGAAAACUAGUUUUGCCAGGGGUGAAACAAUAUAAUUUGCCUUUUGCAGAUGCCAUAAAAUGGAUCAAGUUGAUAGAAAAGCAAGCACAAAAGAGUUUGAGGAAGAAGGAAUAGUUAACCAAGAGUGUGUCACUGUAGAAUCGACAGAUGGUUUAGCCAACAGGGACAAGGCAACAGUGUCCAGUCCACCAAAAAUCAUAUUCUGUGUAAGAGAACCUGCACCAAACCACAGUGCACUUCUUAAAGGAAUUCCAAAUGAGCCUAUAUCUCAACCAUUGGACAAUCAAGUUCUGUUUGGGCGUGGUCAUGGAGUGGGGGUGUUUUUGAAUGAUGAGGAAGCUUCGCGAGAACACAUGAAACUCUUCUUGCAAACAAACCCUGCUACUUAUGAAAAUGUGUUUGUUGUUAAGACUGUGAGCAGUACCAAGCCAGUUUAUAUCAAUGGAAGUCCCUUAUACAAGCAGGCUGGGGAGACAGUCCUGAACACCAAUGAUAGACUUAAAAUAGGACAGCUGGAGUUCAUUGUCACUGUCGAACCAGGUAAUUCAGUGGAUUAUUUCCAACUUGAAUUCACCAGGAGUGGGGUUAAUCUUCAACAGCCUAACAUGCAAGAAGCAGUAAAUACUCCACAGUUAAGGGGAGGUGUUAACCCAGGGCAAGUAUUCAUGGCAAACCAGGUUGGUGCUGUUAUUCUGCCCAACAAUGGAGUGCCUGCAAAUCCAGCUGUUAACAUGAACAUUUCAGCCAAUGGAGGGGUUUCAUAUUAUGGAAUGCCCAUGGCACCCACCUACCAGCCCAUGCCUGUUGGAAUGGGUCACCCCACCUACCACCCCAUGUCUGCUGGAAUGGGUUACUCCACCUACCAGCCCAUGCCUGCUGGAAUCGGUCAUCCCACUUGCCAGCCCACACCUGCUGGAAUGGGUUACCCCACCUACCAGCCCAUGCCUGCUGGAAUGGGUCACCCCACCUACCAGCCCACACCUGCUGCAAUGGGUCAAUCCUUUUUUCGACCACAGCCAACACAUCCAAGAUUUCAUAGCAGUCCUUGUUCUGAGCCUCAGCAAGAGUCGUUGCCAUCAGGAAUCUAUGGUCCUGCGUUACACGAGAAUGGACAUGCAUCAGCACAAGAUAGAAGGGAAAUGUUUCUUGCCAAGCAGCCAUCUGAGCAAAGUGAAGUUCCUACCGAAACUGGACUAGAAGAGGACUCUCACAUUUCAAUACAGGAGACUGGCAAGCCAAAAACUCUUUAAAAAUGUAAUAAAAUAUUAUAAUGACAUGCCAUUUCUCUUGCCAUGUACCUGUUAACAAAGUGAACAUUUUGAGGUGUAGUAGUCCAGGUGAAGUAGGCCUUUAACCAGAAGAAAACAGGUACACUCUACAAUAUGAUGCACGAGGAAACAUGCCAGCAAAAGCAGUCAAUGCUGAUCACAUACUUAAGGAUGGUGCCUCCUCGCCUCCUCAUUAAAUACAGGCAUUUUUCCACAUAGUUUAUGCCUGGCCCAAAAAGCCUGGAGAUGCUAAAAACAGCAAAACAUAGGAUAAGAGUGCUUCAAGCCCACAUGGUGGGCACUAGAAAGGGGAAGGAAAGGGAGAAUUGGGCAUGGAGGGCUGCAUGCUCUUUCCCCUUGCUUUGUGCACUCACGCUUGAUUUCCCCCUUUCCCUUCCCUUCUCUAGUGCCUGCCAUGCAGGCUAGAAUGCUUGGUGCUACACUUGUGACUUGACUAACUGUCAGCCCCGGCAUCUCAAGGUUGAUAAUGUUGGCAUAAUUUUAACCAUUGAUUUUGAAGUAUAAAUUAAACAAAUUCAUAUUUUGGUCCUGCAA